AAAACCUACGUUGUCACAGAGCAGCAUUAGAUUACGGGAGUUUCCUUUGGCUGCUCUUCACGCAUUUUCAUGAGGAAAGAGAGUGAGAAGAGGAAAACAGGAAAUAAGUGCAGUGUUGAGAGAGAGAGAGAGAGAGCGCGCAGAGUAAGCCAGGGAAAGGGAGAAAGGAAUUAAAGUGGGACUGAAGGACAAGAAAAUUGCAGAAGAAAGUCCUACAGGGAAAAACUCAGCUGAAACCUGGAGAAGGUGGAUAACUGAUGGAUAAUUUUGUGCUUUGGACAAUACUCCUCUACACGGCGUUGUGCUUCAAUAUAUACCAAGGUCAAGAAAUCCAGGAAUUUCCACCUACAUUCCUUAAAGUUUCCAAGAAUUUGCCUCUGCAGCGUUUGUUGGUGGAAUGGGAUGUUAGUGACUCAGCCCACAAGUUUGAACUAGAAAUGGUUUUUGACAUUCAAGUUAGUCAAACUGAAGAAAUGAAUGUUGUCUGGACAGAGUAUUAUAACACAACUCUCAGUAAAUUGAAAAAAACUCUGCACUGGAGUUGGGAUUCAGAAUUACCUUUGGAAUGCAUGUCCCACUCUGUCAGAAUCAGGAGCAUGGUGAAUGAUGAAAGAUUCUCUAAACUCUGGAGUCGUUGGAGUCAGUGGGAGACUGUGCUGGGCCUAGAUACUUCAGAUGACAACACACCAUACAUCUUCCCAGAAGAUAAAGUUGUAGAGGAAGGUUCAAAUGUCACUUUUUGCUGCAUUGGAGGCAAAGAUAGCAGAAUUGAGUAUUUUUUGUUUAAUUACACUGAUUAUUAUUACCCAGACUCAAACACCAGCCAGCGAAACAUGGUGAUUACUAUGAAGAAGGUGUUGCAUGCAGAAGUGCCUGGCAUUCCUGUCUUUUGUAAAAUCUCUGGUAAAGAAAACAAAAAAUACAGUGCAACGCUUCUCUUUGUGGGCAAACCACCUCAUGAGCCUGAAGAUUUUUCCUGUGAAACUCGGGAUAUUAUGACAUUAACUUGUACUUGGAAUACAGGAAAAAAUACCUAUCUUUAUGGGGCUCAUUCAACAAAAUACCACUUGUUUGAAAGGUUUUCCCAAAAAACAUUUUGCUACCAAGAAACGGCACAUUAUCUAGAACCCAUCCAUUGUUCUUGGGCUAUAGACCAGCAGACGAUAUACAACCUAACACUGACUGCCCAAAACCCUCUUGGAAAGAGAAGUGCUAAUUUUGUCCUUGAUGUAGCUCACAGAGUUCAUCCAUCUCCCCCCUCUGACCUUUCUGUAGAACAUAUGAAAGCCACAGAAGUCAGUUUAUACUGGCGUAUGCAGCCCAAGUACAAAGCAAUUAAGCUGCUAUGUCAGAUUGAAAAUCACCACCCGAGUGGGCAAGUGGAACUGCACAAUAGUUCAGCUGUUCAGUCAAAUUCAUAUCCACACUUCACGCUAGGCGGCUUGCAGCCUUUCACCAAUUAUGCCGUUAGAAUGCGCUGUGGUGCAGCUAGCCACUUCUGGAAAUGGAGUGAAUGGAGCAAAACCCUCAGAGUCAGAACAAAUGAAGCAGCUCCCUCAGGGAAACUUGAUGUCUGGAGAGAAGUUACCCCAGUUUUGGGAGGACGGAAUGUGACCUUAUUCUGGAAGCCAUUACCAGACUUUAGAGCUAAUGGUGGAGAUAUUUCAUUUGAGAUAACCUGGGAAAAGUUAAAGAAAGCCUCUGAGCCUGAGCACAUCUCCAUUUCUGCAUUACAAAACAGUACAACAAUUUCCAUCGAUAACCAUUCCUACAAAAUCAGCGUGGCAGCAAGGAACAAUAUUAAUUUUUCACUUCCUUCAGUGAUGAUCAUCUCCCGAGUAACAGAUAAUGGUGCUGAAGAAAAGGUUGAUCGCACUGACCGUGAAGAAGAAAGAGUUAAUGGCACAGUUGAUGGCAUUUAUAUUUCUUGGAAGGCCACAAAUGCAUUUGAUGGAUACAUUGUCGAUUGGUGCAACUUUCCGAGGUCCCAGCAUUGUGACUUUCAGUGGAAGAGAUUCGAUUUCAACACCUCCAGUUGUCUUAUCAACUCAGCUGCUUUCAUGCCUGGGGUCAGAUACAACUUGAGGGUUUAUGGAUCUCUAGCUAAUGAAGAUUUUUUCCUGGGGAAGAAGGUUGGGUACACCAAAGAACUGGCUCCUAGACUUAACCCUCAAGGGGAAAUAGCUGAGAUGACUUCCCAUACUGUGACCGUAACUUGGGAUUCUUAUCCCGUAAAUGAGUCACAGCCUGGAUUCAUAAGAGGUUAUCAUGUUUAUGUGAAAACCAUGGAAGAAGAAUGCAGUUUGAAGGGAUCCACAAAACAUGCUCUUUCAGAUGGUUCAGUCCUAUGUAAAUACACUAUAGAAAACCCAGAAGAAAAGAGAUAUGUGGUGAAACACCUGAUGCCAGAAACAACAUAUGCACUGGCAGUUAAAGCUUACACUGGAGGAGGAGAGACCCCCAUUGAUGCCUAUAUAAACGUAGAUACACUACAUGACUCAAAGAUUUACCUUCCAGUUCUGCUAGUGAUCAUUCCUUUUGUAGUAAUAACUGCUGUGUGCUUCUGGAAAAUCAAAUGGGUGAAGGAUUGCUGUUAUCCUGAAAUUCCCAAUCCUAACAAGAGCCAAGUCCUCUCAUUUAAUGGAUUAAAGCUUAAUUCUGAAGCAGUACUGAAGCUAAGUGACUGCAUUCCUGAUACUGUAGUAUUGGAGAAUACAUCAGAAGCCAAUACACUACAGCUGUCGAGCCAUGGGACUAUUUUAGAAAGUGAAAACAAAGUUAUCAAUCCUUCCUGGGUGUAUUUUGUUCAAAAUGAAGUGGGAGAUUUGCUGUGCACACAGUCAGCUGUAGAAGCUUGCACUUCAUUUGAAAACUUAGCCUAUUCUUCCCAGACUGCACUUGGUUCCAGCCUCUAUCAGAACCUGUGGAUAUCAGAAAAGAGUGAGUCACAAUUGUCUAUAUUGUUGUACAAGCCACAGCAUUACAUUGAAAUUCUGAGUAAAGACACUGUCACCUCAUUAAGAGAAAUCACUGAGAGAGAAGGUAGUUUGAGAUAUAUUUCACAAAUGGAAGUACCUUGUUCUGAGGCUAAGUUAAGUGAUUUGCCCCAUUCCACUGAGCCCAUGGAACAUUCAAGUUACAAAACACAAACAGUCUUGGGUUCAGAGCUGGUCACAUCUACAUCUGAUGAAGGCAUUCAGAGUCAGGACAGCUCUACUUCUAGCAACUCAAGUGUUAUUGCUUCCAGGCCGGCAUUAUAAACUGACUGGCACAUUUAAACAAUCCGUAUGCUGCAGUUCAAUCAGAAAUUAAGGGCAUUAAGCAGAAAUUACAGGGUGAGGUGGUAUGGCCUGUAGUACGUACACAUUUAGAUCACAGCUGUUUCUUCUGGCCCUAAAAUCUAUGAAUGCAAGAGAUAAAAUGCACCAUGAUUUGUGCAAGGUCACUAAACUACAACAGAGAACAUUUUCAUUCUCUGAUCACAGUCAAGGGACACGCUUCACAUGUAUUAUCCAGCAGGGACUUAUUGCAUUGCUGACGUUAACAUAGAAGGCAUGUAUUGUGAAGCUCAGCAUGGAACAUUACUCCUAACUUUGAACUCCCUGGCUUUGGUUGGUUGGGGUCAGAAUGUUAGUUAACUGUGUUUUUUAUUUAAUUUUCUACAUAACAGUAAUAAAAAAAAUUGCCAUGAAAGAUCAGCUGAAGCCUUAAUUCUGGGGGCUAAGUCCUUAAAGGAAUUUAUUGUGGUACACAGCACUAGCUGCACCUUUGACCCUUCUCUGGGCUCUCUGACUGCACCCCUUCUGGUGCUAGGCCCCAGGCCUUCACCACCUGCCUCUAGGGGGGAAUCCCACGAUUCUCUCAUUCUAAGAUUGAAUCUCAGGCAACAGCCUUCCUUCCAUGUACCAACCCUGAUUGCCCAACUGGGCUCAGCCUUGCAAACCCUGCAGCAACUCGCAUCAGAGGUGAAUAUCAGGACCCAGAAUGGCCUUUUCAGAAACAAAAGAUUGUUUCAUUUCAACAGUCGAAACAAAGCAUAACGAGCAAGGGUGUUUUAACACAAGAAUUACAUACAUCUCAAUCUUACCUAAGCUUAGGGCCCAGGCACCCUCACUUCUGACUGCUGCGUUCAGUCUGCAGCCCAGCCCUGGUCUACAUUACGAGUUUAGGUCGAAUUUAGCAGCGUUAGAUCGAUUUAACCCUGCACCCGUCCACACAACAAAGCCAUUUUUGUCAACUUAAUGGGCU